AUGGGGUUAUUGAAAUUAAGCAGCAUAUACAAGUCGCGUAAAAAUACUAAAGAAUCUACCACCACUACUUCGCCUUCAGUCCCACUGGAUCGCUCGGCACCACCAACCAAAUUAGAGCCAUUGAAGCUAUCAUUGGACUUUGAAUCAUCUUCUACUCCUGUGUUCAAUACCACUACAACUGCUACUACUACUUCUACUUCCACUUUUGAUGCUCCUGCUGUAUCAUCAUCCAUUCAACAGCAACCUGCCACAACAACAACCAACAUCACCACGACAACAAAUGUAUCCACGGCAACAGUCCCCGCUGGUACGGGUGGCACAUUGUUUGACGACAUCCUAUCCGAAUUGAAUAGCCCCAAACCUGCUGCAAACCAGCAAUCAGAUGACUUGGGCGGUGACUUAUCAUUGUAUCUUGCCCUGUCACAGCAAUUGGAGCAGCCAACAUCAUCUUCCGCUACGCCAUCGUUACCUACGAGCACAAGCACUCCCAAAUUAGGCAAUGGACCGACCACUACCGCUGCACAAAAUGGCAGAAGUAAACCAUCGGAUCUCUUUGGCUCGGAUAGCAUUUACAGCAAUUAUUUAGCCAAUUUGCGGCUUGACGAUGAAUCUCCCUCCAUGUUUGCAUCCAUGAUGAAUGGUAACAAGUCAACAACAACGUCAUCCAUGAUCAAGUCUCCUUCUGCACCUGUCAUUGCACACCACAACGAUAAGCCCACUCCUCCUAUUGCAGCUCCUGUUACCACCCAAGUGGUGUUGGAUUCAGAUGUAUCCGAUUCAGAAGAAUCUAACAAAAAAGAAUCGAGCGAUGAAGAGGAUAAUGGCAACCCUGUGAAUGCAAGAAAAGGAAUGCAACCCAUUAUGGAACGACGUGGUAAUGAUCAUCGAUUAAUGGUGAAACGUAAAGUGGACAAUUGGGCAAAUCGAGUGGAUCCAGAAGCUGAGCUUGUAGAGCUGAAUGAAACGAUGAUUGAACGCAUGAAAGACCGCCAUAGACAACAAUACAAGGUGGCAGCCAUGCGCCAACAACAGCAACAACAGCAACAGCAAAUGAUGAAUGGUUACACAACAAUGGCUCCAACACCACCCAUAAUGCAAUCACCCACAGCAGCACCAACUAUGAUGCCACCAAUGAUGCCAACUCCUCCUGGCAUGGCUCAACUUCCAAUGUCACCACCCAUGGUUCAUCCUGUGCCAUCCAUGUCGACACCUUUAUCUCCUCCAAUGAUGCCUACUCAAUUACCACCACCGGCACCUAUGACCCCACCAGUGAUGCCUCAACAACCUCAACAUUCUACUUGGUCAUCAGCUUCAUCCGUUACUGAAAAGCCAAAUAGCAACCGCCAAUCUCGUCGCUCUGAGCCAUCUUCUCCAACACUCUCUGCAGCCAACAGCAGCACAUCUUCCAUAAGCGCUGCACCAGCAAAGCAACCAUCAUCAUCAGUAUCAUCUUCUGUUUCCAUUGCUGCCGAAGAUCAUAAAUCGAAAAAGGGCAAAAAGAAAGCAUCUUCAUCCAGUAAACGAUCACGUGGUGCUGCUGUUAACAACAACAGCAAUAACGUUACCAGCACAAGUGACACUGAAAAUGAACCUGAGGCUGAGCCAGCACCAGCACCAGCUAUUCAAGAUGAAGAUUUGGAUGGUGAUGAUGAAGACAGUGACCAUAGCAGCAGCAAACCCGAUCCAUCGCUUAUGCGGCGUAAGGAGUCUGCCAAAAAGAAAGAUCGCCAAAUGCGUCAUUCUCGUUCAGUGCCAAGUCUCAAAAAGAAAAAGAACAAGGGACGUAGUGCACCCACUUCUCGUCGUGGUAGUCAAGAUGGCAGCCCUUCGGUAACCUAUCAACAGCAACAGCAACAAUACCCACAACAAGGGCUUAAGCAUUCUCGAAGCAACCCUGAUUUCCAACAACAACAACAGCAUUACCAGCACAUGUACACGUAUUAUCAACACCAUCCUGAAUACCAACAAGAAUGGGAUAGAAUGCAAGCUUAUCAACGUGAGCAACAACUCAAGCAGCAAUACGCCAUGCACUUUUACAAUAGCAACAACAACAACAGCCGCCAUUCACAGCAGCAACUUCCUUAUCAUCAUCAACAACAACAACAACCACUUGCAGCACCAAUCAAUCCUCGAUCUACCAUGAUGUCAAUGCAAGGUUAUCCGAUGUUCCCUCCACCUCAAAAUACAUCUCCUCAUCAAACUCCACCCCUCGGCCCUUAUUAUUAUCAACAACAACAACCUCAUCCAUCCUAUUAUCCCAUGCGCUAA